CCGCUAAAAAGGUCAGAGAAACUUUCUAAAGUAUUUUAUCUCAGGAAAACAUUGGAAAUGUAUGUGUUUUUGUCUUUAAAAAUUUUAUUUGGGUAACUGAAGGUUUCGGCAAGAUGUCGAGGACUGGUUUUCCCUCGGAAAACUUUCAAAAAUAUGAGAUUAACCAAGGCAGCUCAAGGCCAUCAGGUAAUGGUGCCUUGUCUAAUGGUCCUUCAAAUGGAUUAUCUGGACAACAACCAUAUCUAGCAAAUAAUCAGCAAACCAGGAUGAUGACUCAUUCAAGAUUAAAUAAUUCAGUACCACCUCUGCCCGUCAUGGGAAAUCAAUCUCCCAGAUUUGGCUCUAUGACACCUCCACCCAUCAAUUCUAGCUUCCCUAAUCCAAUGUCGCUUUCUCAACAAAAUGCUAAUGUAUACACAUCACCACCUACUGCCACUGGUUACAUGCAAGGGUCGGCCAUAACACAACAAAGAAAGGAUUUUACCAAUGCUCAACCGACAUCUUUGUCUGGAAAUUUAGUAAAAUCACCACUUACUAUGACUACUGGGCCUACAUUAAUGCCUAAUCUGGGUCCUCCAAUGGUGGGAGAUUCUAAACCUGCAAGACAACCUUUGUUACAAAAUCAUAUGAUAAACAAUAGCCAUGUUAGCCCCUCUACUAACUUCACAGGAGCAUCAACUAUGAAUGCUGGAAAUCCUGGCAACUUUACAAGACCUGAAAAUCUUAUGACUAUAUCUCAGAGCCCUAGAACCAAUUUUAGUGGCUCAUCUGGUUUUGCAAGCUCUCACAUGACCACUCAACCUCCUCCUCCCAUUGGCCAGGUUGUUGGUUCAAGUGGCCAACCACAUGCUUCACCACCAACUCAAUCUUCUCUUGCUGGCCCUCCUAUGUUAUCAAGUCAAGCCAGUACCUUGUCUGGAAAAAGAAGAAUUUAUCCAAAUCAGUUCCAUGGCAAUUCGUACCCAGGUCAGAAUAUUCCUAGUGCACCUUUGCCAUCUGGUCAGCCACCAUCUACUGGAGCGUAUGGUUCACAAAUGACCAUGAAAAGUCAAGGAUCAAAUUCCAACUCUUUUAUGAGCAAUGAUCUUCAAGAACAGAUGGGGAAACUUUCAGUUCAGCCUAUCGAUAACCAAGUCAUUAAUCUGAUGGACACAAGGAACUUAAUGUCUCCACAGAAGGAUGAUUUCAAGUUAUCUUUACAUGCAGAUUUAGAAAAGAAAAAUGCUAAACCCAAUAUCUUGACUUGCACACUAAGUAAUGCUCCUGAAAAUGACUCUUUAUUGAAAAAGUGUAAGCUUCCAUUUGGCAUACUUGUUCAUCCUUUCAAAGAUCUUUCCAACCUCGCUGUGAUUCAGUCCAGUACAAUUGUACGAUGUCGGUCCUGUAGGACUUAUAUCAAUCCAUUUGUGACGUUUGUUGACUCAAGACAUUGGAAAUGCAACAUGUGUUACCGAAUUAAUGAAGUUCCUCAGGAGUUUUGUUAUGAUCCAUCCACCCAAUCCUAUGGAGAACCCACGCGAAGACCCGAAAUUAAGUCGGCAACAUACGAAUUUAUAGCUCCAUCAGAAUAUAUGUUAAGAGCUCCUCAACCGGCGGCAUUUGUUUUCGCCUUCGAUGUUUCUUUCAAUGCUAUAGAGACUGGAUAUCUAAAAAUGGCAUGUGAAAUCAUCAAAGAAAACCUGAAUAAAAUGCCUGGAGAUUCAAGAGCCCUUGUUGGAUUUUUGACUUUCAAUAAAUCUGUGAAUUUUUAUAACCUUCGAAAUGAUCAAAGUCAACCUCAGAUGUUAAUAGUUUCAGAUAUAGAUGAGAUAUUUUUACCUGCGCCCGAAGAUCUUUUGGUGAAUUUAAGAGACAAUAAAGAGAUGAUUAUACAAUUUCUGGAAAGCUUACCCCAAACGUUUUCAUCAACUCAUGAUGUUAACAGUGCAACUGGAGCUGCAAUGCAAGCAGCCCUAAAACUUUUAGCUCCAACUGGUGGACGAGUAACAGUAUUUCAAACUACAUUGCCAAAUAUUGGACCAGGUGCUUUGGAAAAUCGUGAUGAACACGGUGUUAAAUCGUCUCCAAAGGAUUCAAGUAAAUUGAAUCCAUCUACGGAUUUUUACAAAAAGCUUGCGUUGGACUGUGCUGCAGAUCAAGUAUCAGUUGAUAUAUUCCAACUGUCUGGUCAAUAUGCUGACUGUUCGUCGUUGAUGUGCGCUUCAAAGUAUUCUGGGGGAUGUUUUUCUUACUUUCCAAACUUCCAUGUUGUAAAGAACCGAGCAAUGAGUGAGAAGUUUGAAAAUGAUUUCACACGCUAUUUAACAAGGAAAAUAGGAUUUGAAGCUGUAAUGAGAGUACGAUGUACUAGAGGUCUUAGCAUUCACUUUCACGGAAACUUCUUUGUUCGUUCAACGGAUCUGCUUUCCCUACCCAAUGUUAAUCCAGAUUCAGCCUUUGGUAUGCAGAUAUCUAUUGAUGAUGAUCUUUCAAAUUCUGAUCUUGCGUGUUUUCAGUCAGCAUUAUUGUACACAAGCUCCAAAGGAGAGCGACGGAUCAGGGUGCAUAAUUUGGCUUUGCCUAUCACCAAAAAAUUGAGCGAUGUCUUUGCAGGCGCUAAUACAUGUGCCAUUACUCUGAUGCUUUCCAAAAUGGCUGUUGACAGAAUGUUAACUGCUUCGUUAGGAGAUGCAAGAGAGGCAUUAUUGAAUGCAGUUGUUGAUUGUCUUGGUGUGUAUAAGUCUGCUGUUUCAGCACGUCAUGGUGAGAUAACAUCUCCUUACUCUCUUCGACAUUUGCCUUUGUAUAUUUUGUCCUUAAUGAAGCAGACAUCAUUUCGUCUUGGUUCAACGGCAACCUUAGAUUUACGAUGUUACGAGUUGCAGCAGUUUAAAGUGAUGCCAUUUGAUGUCGCCUUACUUACGAUUUAUCCUGCACUUUAUUCUCUCCAUAAUAUGACUGAUGAAGGUGCGAUUACGACUAAGUUUGGAAGUGUACCACAGCCAUCUAGGCUACUUUUAUCUGCUGAAAAACUAUCUCGUGUUGGAAUAUUUCUCAUGGAUGCUGGACAGGAAUUUUAUAUCUGGGUUGGCAAGGAAACGGCAAUGGCCGAUAUUCAAUGCCUAUUUGGAGUACCAAAUUACGAUUCGAUUCCUGAAGACAUGGGAGCUCUACCAAACCUUGAUAACAGCUUGUCAAAAAGAGUACGAGCCUUAAUUGAUCAUUUACGAUCAGAGAGAACAAAUCACACAAAUUUAUAUAUUUUGAGGGAAAAUAGCAGAAUGCGAUCGAAAUUCGUUAGUAAAUUAAUGAACGACCGAACAGAAUCAAUGAUGUCUUAUUAUGAGUUUCUUGUUCACAUUCAAGGACAGAUCAAUUGAUGUUUAUGUCAAAUGGUUUGCAAACUAAUGCUAUGUACGAGUUACUAAUAUGCACAAAUAAUACUCCAACAUUAUGAGCCAGUCACAUCCAACUUUUGUGGUCUGUAUAAAUCAACUUAUGUAAUAUUUUAACGAUGAGAAAAAGAGAACUCAUAACUAUAUAUUAAGAAAUUCUAUAUGAGUCACCUGAUUCAAAUUUAUAUUGUAUCACAAUUGGUUUAUUUUAUUGAUGGUUGGAUUGAUAAUUUAUAUUUAGGUAUAGCUGCUAUAUUGAAAAAUUAUUUCAACCAAGUGGCAGCAUCACUAUUAUAAAGUUGUAAUGUUACUAAUUUACAAUUCUCGCGAAUCGAAAAUGAAAGUAAAUUGCCUUGAUUGAUUUA